GAUGCUGAUUCAGUUGAUCUAGAGACGCUGGAGGAACCUUUCUUCUCAAAAAAAUUUGCAGUCCUUAUUGACGUCCUGUCAAGAUACAGGCUAGAGGAAAACAUGAAGUGUAUUGUUUUUGUGAAAAGAAUAAUUGUCGCAAGAGUAGUUGCACAUAUUCUCCAAAAUCUGAAGUGCCUUGAUUUUUGGAAAUGUGAGUUUCUUGUGGGAUGCCACUCAGGAUUGGAGAACAUGUCAAGGAACAAGAUGGGUUCUAUCAUUGAAAAGUUCUCUUCGGGUGAGGUCAACCUUUUGGUCGCUACUAAUGUAGGUGAGGAGGGACUUGACAUUCAGACUUGCUGCCUUGUUGUGCGGUUUGAUCUCCCAGAAACUGUUUCUAGCUUUAUCCAGUCAAGGGGACGUGCCCGGAUGAAUAAAUCUAAAUACAUUUUCCUCCUGGAGAGGGGAAAUCAGUCUCAUGAGAAGUUGGUUGGUGAUUAUAUUACUGGUGAAAGCAUUAUGGAUAAAGAGAUUAAUUGGAGAUCGUCAAAUGAUAUGUUCGAUUGCCUUGAGGAGAAUAUAUAUCGAGUGAACGACACUGGUGCUUCCAUUAGCACGGCUUACAGUGUGUCUCUAUUACAUUGCUAUUGUGACAACCUUCCUAGAGAUAUGUUUUUUAUUCCUUCCCCAGCAUUCUUCUAUGUUGAUGAUGUUGAAGGAGUAGUAUGCAGACUAAUUCUUCCACCAAAUGCUGCUUUUCGUCAAGUGAACAGUCAACCCUGUCCGUCAAAAGAUGAAGCUAAGAGAGAUGCAUGCUUGAAAGCAUGCAUAAGACUUCACGAACUGGGUGCUUUGACAGAUUUUCUUCUGCCAGGCCAAGGCUCUAGAAAGACUAAGGUGUCAACAAUAGAUAUUUCUGAAAUCAACAAAGCUGAGGAUGAAAGUUUUAGGGAAGAGCUUCAUGAGAUGUUGAUUCCUGCGAUUCUAAGACCUUCAAGAUACAAACUGGACUGCUCGUUGAACUUGCAUUUCUACUACAUAGAGUUUAUUCCCAAACCAGCAGAUAGACAAUAUCAGAUGUUUGGUCUUUUUGUGAUCGAUGCCCUUCCGAAGGAAGCUGAAAAGUUGGACGUUGAAUUGCAUCUUGCUCAUGCCAGGAUUGUGAAAGCAGGAAUUGAAUAUUUGGGAAUGAUUACAUUUAACAAAGAAGAGAUGAUGCUUGCACGCAAUUUCCAAGAAAUGUGUUUGAAGGUUCUCCUGGACAGAUCUGAGUUCACCUCAUCUUAUGUUAUGUUGGGAAAUGAUGCUGCAUUGCAAAUGGAUUCAACAUUUUACUUGUUGCUUCCCAUCAAGCAGAAAUUCUAUGGUGAUAAGUUUAUGAUUGAUUGGCCAGCAGUGAAGCGGUGUUUAUCAUCACCUGUAUUCCAAGAUCCAAGGGGUUUGUCUCUGCAUGACUCAUAUUUGCCAAAUGAGUCUCUGAAGCUUCUUGAUGGAACAUACAGUAAAGCUGAUGUGAUUGGCAGUUUGGUCUUCACUCCCCACACCAAACUGUUUUUCUUCGUUGAUGUCAUUCUAGAUGAAGUAAAUGCUAAAAGUGAAUUCAAUGGUGCAACUUAUGCAGAAUAUUUUAAGGAAGGGUGUCAUAUCGAGCUAUCCCAUCCUGAACAGCCAUUUUUGAAAGCUAAACAACUCUUCAAUCUGCGCAAUCUGCUGCAUAACCGACAACUAGAGAGCACAGAAUCUGAGGGUCAUGAAUUGAUGGAGCACUUUGUGAAGUUACCUCCAGAGCUAUGCUCUUUGAAGAUAACUGGGUUUUCAAAAUAUAUGGGUAGUUCUUUGUCCUUGCUGCCAUCUUUAAUGUGUCGCUUGGAGAAUUUGUUGGUGGCUAUUGAGUUGAAGGAUCUCAUGCUAUCUUAUUUCCCAGAGGCUUCUCAAAUUAGUGCUUCCGGGAUCCUUGAAGCGCUGACUACUGAGAGGUGUUUGGAGAGGAUCUCAUUGGAGCGCUUUGAAGUCCUAGGCGAUGCUUUCUUGAAGUAUGUAGUUGGGCGCCAUAGCUUUAUUUCGUACGAAGGACUUGAUGAAGGCCAGUUGACUAGGAGACGUUCUGAUAUAGUGAAUAAUUCAAAUUUAUACGACUUAUCAAUUAGAAGAAAUUUGCAGGUAUACAUACGGGAUCAACAGUUUGAACCUACUCAGUUCUUUGCACUGGGAAGGCCAUGUAAAGUUGUUUGCAAUCCUGAAACAGAAGCGAGUUUACACCCGAAGAAUAUCGACCCCGAUAAACAAGAAAACUGUAACUUGAGGUGUACAAAGUCACAUCAUUGGUUGCAUAGGAAGACAAUUGCAGAUGUUGUUGAAUCACUUCUUGGAGCAUUUAUUGUCGAGAGUGGAUUCAAAGCUGCAUUUGCAUUUCUACAUUGGAUAGGAAUAAAAGUUAACUUUAAAGAUUCAGAUCUCUAUACAGUAUUAGAUGCAAGUUCUGCCAAUUUGUCUCUCAUGAAUUACAUCAACAUUUCUGAGCUUGAAGAAUUGAUAGGUUACAAAUUCAAGCACAAGGGUCUGCUUAUCCAAGCAUUUGUACACCCUUCAUUCAAUAAGCAUUCUGGAGGAUGCUACCAGAGGAUGGAGUUCCUUGGUGAUGCUGUUUUGGAAUAUUUGAUGACCUCGUACCUCUACUCAGCUUACCCAGAUCUCAAGCCUGGCCAUAUAACAGAUCUGAAAUCAUUAGCUGUCAAUAAUAAUUCAUUUGCUUAUGUAGCAAUUAAGAAAUCUAUGCAUAAGUAUCUUAUAAAGGAUUCUAAAUAUCUUAUGGCAGCGGUAAAUAAAUUUGAGAAUUAUGUUAAUCUUUCAAAUUCAGAGAAAGACUUUUCAGAAGAACCAGCAUGUCCAAAGGUUCUUGGUGAUAUUGUUGAAUCUUGUGUUGGUGCGGUGCUUUUAGAUUCUGGCUUCAACCUGAACCAUGUUUGGAAGCUAAUGCUAAUGCUUCUACAGCCUAUAUUGAGUUUCUGUGACAUGCACAUUAAUCCUAUGAGAGAACUCCAUGAACUUUGUCAGUGUAAUGGUUUUGAGUUAGGCCUUCCCAAACCUACAAAGGCUGAUGGAGAGUUCCAUGUCAAAGUAGAAGUUAACAUAAAUGGCAAGAUGAUUAGUUGUACAACAGCAAACCGGAAUUCGAAAGAUGCUAGAAAGUUGGCUGCACAAGAUGCACUUUCUAAACUGAAGAAUUAUGGAUACAAGCAUAAAAGGAAAUCAUUGGAGGAAAUUCUGCGUGUUGCCACAAAAAAAGAAUCAGAACUAAUAGGCUAUGAUGAAGAACCAAUCAAAGUUGAAGAUGACAUAUCUAUAGAAACUAAGAAUCUAAAGGAGAAUGGAAAAAUAGAGGGAAACAUCUUUUUCCAAAAUAAUGAAGCAUCUUCCAUUGGGAGAUAUGAAACCUCCAUUCAGAGUACAGGAGAUGGCAAGGUUGACAAGAAUGAUGCUAAUGAUGGAAGGAUGAAUAAGUCCAAUGUGGUUACACAGAAUGGUUGUCUACUUAGAGGGGCAGCUGAUAAAAUAAAUAACAAAGAGUACCACGGUGAUAUGGUACACAAAACAGCAAGGUCAUUCCUUUAUGAACUAUGUGCUGCAAACUAUUGGAAACCUCCUGAAUUUGAGUUAUGCAAAGAUGAAGGACCAAGCCACCUUCGAAAGUUCACUUGUAAGGUCCUUGUUCAGAUCAUGGGACCUACAACAACUCUCUUGGAGUGCUUCAGCGAUCCCAAGCUACAGAAGAAAGCAGCACAGGAGCAUGCUGCCCAGGGGGCUCUGUGGUGCCUCAGGCAACUUGGAUACCUACCAAAAGAUGAAACUCGUGUAUAGCAACAUUUCAGAUUUCGUGGUCUCCAGUUACAUAGAUAGGCCCCAUAUAUAUUUGUUAAGAUAUGCUUUGUAGACUCGGGAAACAUGCGUUCCGUUGGGAGAUGUAUGUUUGACAAAUGCACAGCUCUUGCAUGCAUCACAUAAAUAUAAGAUGCAAUUGGUAUUUUGUUCAAUCAGUUUACGUUA